UUGCUGCUCUAUGCCAUUGUAGAGUAUGGCAAAUUUUCCGCACGUUCAUUAUCAGCUUCAGAAACUAUUGAGAAUCUACGGUGGGAAAACUUAGGAUCUUACAGCGUGAAAUUUAAUGUCUUUCGCGCUGCAGAGUUGGUCUUGAGGUUCUACCUGUGCUAUCCUGGCCAUGGCCAAGGAAGUAGCGAUUUCUUUCUUGGAAAGGCUAGAAUUGAGCCAGCGCUUGAAGAGAAAAAGUAUACCAAGUGGCUACAAGUGGAAGAGGGCGCUGGAGAAAUCUGUGUUGAGAUUGAAUACACCAAAACCGCGACGCCGGGGAUACAAGCGGUCGGUGGCCGCCAAGGUCCAAGUCUUAGGGGCAGAUGUAGCCCGAACCCCUGUUACCAUUUCCAAGUCGAAAAGCAAGAUACAAAUUUGCUUUACGCCAGCAAGAAACUUGUAAAUGUCGACGCAAGCCAUGUAUUCUUGUCUCAGGCGGACAAGCCAUUCAUCGCACCGCUCGAUUUCGUUGCUACGAUUCCCGAGGGGCUACAGUUAUAUGCACCACUUAUCCAUGGAGGGCCACUGUUUUAUCACCUUCAGAAACCACGGCGUUUUGAUGUUGAUCGAUGUCGGUUCUAUGCCGCCGAGAUCCUUUGCGCAUUCGAAAGCUUGCUGCAGUCCAACCCUUCAUAUUGCGGACCCAAAACAGAGAAUAUCCUACUAGACUCCAUAGGACAUAUUGUUCUUUGCGACUUUAGUCUCUAUCAUCUAGAUAUGGAACAACCUGCCCACAGCACCGUGGAAUAUCCUGCCCCUGAGCAGCUUUUACAUGGAAACUCCAGUGUUAAAACAUAUAUACGCUGGUGGUGGACCUUGGGAAUAUUUCUUUACGAAAUGUUAACUGGAAUACCACCUUUUUUCGCCGAAAGCAUCGAAAAGAUACAUGAAAGGAUUACGUCUAGUGAGCACAUCGUGUAUCCAAAUUCUCUUCCAUCAUCUGCAAAAGACAUCCUAGCCGGACUUCUCGAGCGCAAUCCUGAACAGCGACUAGGUGCAAAACGAGGAGCAAGCGAGAUCAAACAACACCCAUUUUUCGACUGCAUUGACUGGAACAAGCUGACGCGACGUGAAUAUCAUCCCGACUUCAAGCCU